CCUGCCGCCUGGCAUACUGGCGGAAGGGGAAGGGGAGGGGGGGCAGGCGCGGUGGGAAGAUGGCGUACCAGAGCCUCCGGCUGGAGUACCUGCAGAUCCCGCCGGUCAGCCGCGCCUACACAACCGCCUGCGUCCUCACCACCGCGGCCGUGCAGUUGGAAUUGAUCACACCUUUUCAGUUAUACUUCAAUCCUGAAUUAAUUUUUAAACACUUUCAAAUAUGGAGGCUAAUCACCAAUUUCUUAUUUUUUGGUCCAGUUGGAUUCAAUUUUUUGUUUAACAUGAUUUUUCUAUACCGUUACUGUCGAAUGCUAGAAGAAGGCUCUUUCCGAGGCCGGACAGCGGACUUUGUAUUUAUGUUCCUUUUCGGUGGAUUUUUAAUGACUCUUUUUGGUUUGUUUGUGAGCUUAGUUUUUCUAGGCCAGGCCUUUACAAUAAUGCUGGUCUACGUGUGGAGCCGAAGGAACCCGUACGUCCGGAUGAACUUCUUCGGUCUUCUAAACUUCCAGGCCCCCUUUCUGCCCUGGGUGCUCAUGGGGUUUUCCUUGUUGUUGGGGAACUCAAUUAUUGUAGACCUUUUGGGUAUUGCAGUUGGACACAUAUAUUUUUUCUUGGAAGAUAUAUUUCCCAAUCAGCCUGGCGGAAUAAGAAUUCUGAAAACACCAUCUAUUUUGAGGACUAUUUUUGAUACGCCAGAUGAGGAUCCCAAUUACAACCCACUACCUGAAGAGCGGCCAGGAGGCUUCGCCUGGGGUGAGGGCCAGCGCCUCGGAGGGUAAAGCAGCUGUGCCAGUCACGAGACCCAUCUGAGACAGACUCAGUGAAAUGCCUGUUGGGAUUCUUUCAUCCCUUGUUGCAAAAGUGUGGACACUUUUGACAGCUUGACAGAUUUUAACUCCAGAAGCACUUUACGGAAUGGUACACUGACUAACACCGACGACGUUUCCAGCAGUUUGCCAGAGGCUCCUCACUGUGCUGGUACUAAAAGCAUAACCUCGUGGAGCCCAAAACUGGAGAAGCAUAGCCUGCCGCCUCUAGCAAGUACGUGGGCACUUGAGCUCUGCGGCAUCAGGCGGGGCUUUUCCUCCUCCUCUUCUUUGAUAGACAAGGCCGUGGUGUAAAUGGAAGUUUCAGAGAGGACAAAAUAAAACGGAAUUCCAUCUCUCUCACACUGUAUUUAAGCUUUCGUGUGAUCUUUUAAAUCAUGGUAAUGUGUUCUUAGCUCUCCUGCAUAGGCCUGAUCACAGCAGUUUCUGUGCCUGCUGUCUGUCUCCACGGCUUUCAACUGGAUUCCUUUCAAGAAUGGAAAUACACAGCGGUUAUG